GUGAGCGUUCAUUGUACACGAGACUGUGGAAAAACAAAGUUUAUAGAAACUUGGCCAUAACACCUCCCAGAUAUUAGAAACCAUCUCGGCUAUGGAUUGUGACGUGGUCUACUUCGAAAGUGCUUGCCAGUACCAGGGACCAGAUUACGCGCAGAAUCCACCUGCCUGUAUCUACGCCAGAAAUCCGCAGUCGCCUCUCCUCAGGUCGUGUUUCGGCGAUUUAAACGAGCAUAGCGUGACGGAUUUCACCCACUGUGAAGGUCUUCCGGAUCUGAACUGCGGUCAACUUCCUCAAGCGAAUUUUGCCCAUACUGAAUACGGGGAUAACCGCGAGCUUCGGGGGUGCUACCCAUUCCCCUGGGUGAGAAAUACAAAAUCGCAUGCCGGUGCUUGGAGGGAUCAGUGGACAGGAAACAACAAUCCGAUAGAUGCGGAUGAGACCAAGAGAACCCGAACAGCCUACAGCAGAAGUCAGCUUGUGGAACUGGAGAAGGAGUUCCAUUUCAACAAGUACAUCUCCAGACCACGGCGCAUAGAACUCGCAGUGAUGUUGAACCUCACCGAGAGACACAUCAAAAUCUGGUUCCAAAACAGAAGGAUGAAGUGGAAGAAGGAAGAAGCGAAAGGGCGAGCAAAGGUAUCCGCAGACAAAGCAGCAGCUACGUUGUGCGGAAACUAUGCAGGAGAGGCCGAAGGCAGUUACUCCGGAGAUUCUUUCAAAACGACAUCAUGAUUUUCCUGAUAUUGCAAUCAAUAUCCCGAUACUGGACAUCUACCAUUGGCAUAGGAAUAAUUUUUAACACAUUCUUCUGAAUAAAAUAUCCUGAUUAUUGAUAUUGUAAGCUGGGAAAUGUGUAGCAUAUUUUAAACACAAACCAACAUAACCACACAUAUCAUUUAAAAUAUUUAAUAUAUUGCAAUAAAUAAAUGUAGUC